AUGUACUCGCUGCCAUCGCACGCGCUCGAAUUCGAGCGACUAGAUCUGCAGCAUGGCAUUCUCACCAGCACAUUUGGAGGUCUAGCUAUUGCGCCAGAGAUUCGAGAAGCCUUGCAAAUGCCCGCUUGCAAGGUCCUAGAUGUGGGGUGUGGAUCAGGGACGUGGAUCAAGUCUGUGAGCCUCUCGCAUCCACACUCGGAAUGUCACGCUUGCGAUGUGGCCAGCGUCGACUCGUUUGAGGGAUUCCGCGUUUCUUUUCGGCAAGCAGACGUGUCGCACCGCUUGCCGUACGAUGAUGCCUCGUUCGACGUUGUCCAAAUGCGUUUCCUGAUUCUGGCCUUGCGGAUCGAGCAGUGGCCCGCGGCGUUGAGGGAGAUCAAGCGCGUGCUGAAACCCGGUGGAUAUGCACAACUCCUCGAGCCGGACGGAGAGAUUAGAUCUUCGAACCGCGUGGUGAUGGGCGACAAGACGAUCCUUUGGAACGCAUACGGUCCUCUAGAGGCCAUUCGUGCAAAAGGUGGCGAUCCCAAUGCCGCUCGAGAUCUCGGCAAGCUCGUCAGCGCCACACCGCCGCUCGACAUCGUCUUUGAAGCACACUUGCCCGUGUCGAUGAGUCGAUCCGAUACGCAACUUUACGGACGGGCCAUGACAACAAAUUACGCCAGCUUGAUACGCCUCUUGGCUCCAGCGUACGCACAGUACGCCAACGUCACUCCCGAAGCGUACGUCGAGAUGUGCGAUGCGAUGCUAGACGAGAGCGACGGUACAGAUGCUCACAAUCUCAUGGCAGGAGUGGUGGCGAGGCGUCGCGCGUGA